AUGUCGAAUAUUAUUGAAAACGAAAUUCUCAAAGAUGAUGAAAAGUUAAAAUUCAAAUUACUUUUCACUUCUAUUAAUGAAAAGCAGACUUUUUUUAUAUAUUCAACUUCAAAAUCGAAACAGGAAUUAGAUCAAACUAACAAUGCACCAUUUCUACCCAACCUGAUACAUUAUUCAUUUAAUCAAUAUACAUGGAAGGAAGAGGCAAUUCCUCAAAUAGUCACAGCUGCAAUCCAACACAUCCAAUCACACUAU